AUGCUGGAGCCCAACAAGCCAUCGUUUAAUUUCUCCUCCCCACCACCACCACCACCACCAGCGCCGCCGCAGCAGCACAUCUCGGAGGUAGCUGCGUCGCGCCUCGACGCGGGUGGCGACGCGCCGUACAAUCCGCCGCAGUUCGACCCCAACAGCAACCAGGUGCUGCCACCACAGCAACAGCGGGAUGAGCGCGUGUACAGAGGCGUGCACCCGUUCGCCGCCCUCUUCCACGUCCUCUUCAAGCUGGGCGCGAUCCUCAUGUUCAUCCUUGGCACCUUGGUGAGCUCCUACGUGACCGUCUUCGUUAUCACGAUUCUCUUCCUCGCGGCGGACUUCUGGACGACGAAGAACGUCAGUGGGCGGCUGCUCGUCAGCCUGCGCUGGUGGAACGAGGUGCGGGAGGACGGCACGACGCAGUGGGUCUUCGAGAGCGCCCCAGACGCAGAGAUACGCGUCAACAGCUUCGACAAGUGGUUCUUCUGGGUGACCACCGGCGGCAACUGCGUCGUGUGGGCCUUAAUGGUGCUCUUCAACCUCAUGUCUUUUGCCCGGCUACCGAUGGCCGUUAUCGGCGUCGUGCUGAGCGGCGCGAACUUCGUUGGCUUCCUCAAGUGCAGCCGCGACGCGAAGAAGAAGAUAACGAAUUACAUGCUUGCGCAAGCGGCGCAGCAACCGGACCUGGUGCGAAAAGUAGCAGGCGCACUGUAG